ACAAACUUCUCUAAUCCUCUUUUCGUAACCUUCGUUUAUUUAUUUAUUUAAUAUUCUAUCCUUGAUUCAACGUUGAACGUUCAGUCGACGAUUCUGUUGUAAUAAAAUUUUUAUUUCAACGCUUUUUUUUUAGGUUAAAUCUACUAAUAAUAAUAAUAAUCAUUAAAUAUUUAUCCGAUUUCCUUUUCAAUAAUUCCGUAUAAUUUUAUUUAUUCAGCAAUAUUCUGGCUUCGAAUUGAAUUUAAUUUAAAAGUCAACGAGGAGUUGCAAUAACAAUUCUAUCGUAUAAUAAAAAUAUUAAUAGUAAUACUGUAGGUUAGGUCUAUUAACAAGAUAUGAUUGAUACGAUUUUAAAAAUUUUUAAUUAAUAAAAUUAUUAUAUUCAAAGUUGUACAAUACGUUGCGUAUAAUCAGUUUCCAUGAAGUGAAUGGGCGACACCUUGAAAAUAUAAUUUGUUCACCAUCUUCUGACAUUUUCCUGGACACGAGCAGACAUCUUACGAGUUCACUUUAGGGUAUCGAUAACCCUACGUAAAUUUCGUAUUCUCAGUUCAUAUUUAAACUUAUUUGUUGAUCAAUUUAAUAGAUACGUUGAUCGAAUAAAGUGUGAAAUUCAAAAACAGUACGAACGCACAAUUGGCAAAAUUCAAGUGCAUGCGUAUUUGCCAUGCUCGUGUAAAACGUGACGAUCGCAACCGUUAACAGCUACCGAUUUCAGUUCUUUGUCGAUUUGAUAAUGCCUCAAAUUAUGGUCGAAGCUUUCGCAAAAAGUUUAAUUGACAAGAUAAUGUUAGAAGCUUUCGAUGUGGUUGAUACGAAUGAAGAAAAAUUACAAAUGCCGGAUAAUCGACAAGAAACGACCGAUACCCAAUCGCAGGCUGCGCAACAAAUGCAGGAUCUUUUGUGUACAGAUCGAAACGAGACGGAAAAUGCGGAGAUAAUAGAGAAGAUGGUAUGUGGUUUACACAAUCUGCAAAUCGGAGAUUCGACUCCUAUGCCUUUACACCUAUCUAAAUUAGAGAAACAGGUGAAACACAUCGUGCACAACAUCGACAAUAUCAUAUACACGGAGCCCGCCACCCCCGUGGAGACGCAUUCGACCCAGGGCCAGGGCGACGUGCACCAGAUUAUCCACGACGCGGUGAUCGAGAUGGCGGCGGACCCGACCUGCACCCGCCUUGAGAAGGUGACCGACAGUUCCGAGGCGACGAGGGUGUCCACCAGCCUGAUAUAUCGAAUGAUCGAGGAGCUCGAGUCGAGGAUGGGGGAGCGGGGCAAGGAGGAGAACGAGGAGUCCGAGCCUGCCGUGAGCAAGGAGAAGAUCGAGGUUUGGGAGGAGUCCGAGGAGCAGUUCAUCAGGACCAUAGAGAGUAUCGACGACCCUGAUCAAAAUUACGUGGAAUCGAUCCCCGAGAGCAGGACGGACGUUUGCGACUUCGCCUACGACGGGCUGGCAUCGUCCUUCGUCGGUUCCUCGACGCCGUUCCCCAAGAACUCCUCAUUGGAGGAGGUGGCCAUCGAGGAUAUCACUCCCUCCCCCCUUCCCCCCGACGUGGAGCAACGCCCGUCCGGGAAGACGAAGAGUCUUACCCACAACGAGACGCAGUCCGAGGAAUUGAAGAAGAAGGGUAUCCUGAGCAGAACGAGGAAGCUGUUCCGCACGAUUUUCGGACGUCGAAAGAAAUGAUUUUUCGGGGACGGUCGAGUUUUGUCUAGUUUUUUUUUUUCCCCCUCUUCCCCCCUCCUCUUCCUCCUCCCCCCUCUCGACGGAACGGAAUAUAAAAAAACAGCAACGUCUGGAAAAAAAAUAAAAAACACACGUACACAUAAACAGACACACACGCACGCACGCACACACAUAUACACACACAUACACACGAACGAAUUUGUAAAACCUAUAAUUUUUUUUUUAAAACGCGAAACGCGCUCCCCGAGCCGAUUUAAAUAUAAACUCCCUAGUUUAGUCAUCAACUGGCCACGCGUGCAGCGUAGUCUAACCUCUUACCGAGUUAUAUAUAUAUUUAUAUUCAUAUAUAUAUAUAUAUGUAUAUAUAUACAUAUGAAUAUAAGAUGUGAAAUAAAUUCCACGCGUUCCUAAGGACACCGUGGAGGGAAAGAUGUAGUUUACAAAUUUUUAUAUAACGCAGUGUCUUUUUUUUUUUUUUUUUUUUGGUAAACAAUAAAGUUUAUUUUAAUUUUGAACGAAGGGUUAAGUUGAGUAUGGGAUUCUGUGUCAUUUUACCAGUUUUUUUUUUUUAUUUAAUUCGAAUCGUAAUUGUAUCUGAUGACAACGAUACUUGGUGGAUCUAAGAGGCUAAAUUGAUUAAUCUCAUCGUUGUUGAUUUGAUGUUUGAUAUAAAAGGAUAAAUGAGAUUGAAUUCCGAAAAAGAAUUUUCGAAAAAAAAAGAAAAGAAAAAAGAAAGAAAGAAAUGGAA